CAGCUGCAGUGACAGGCGAGCCGGGCCCGGUGGCGGAGAGGAAGUGCGGGGCCGCCGCGCCGCGCCGAGCCAGUCCCAGCCGAGGCCGGCUCCCGGGCGGCUCGGGUGACAGUGUCGCGGCCGCCGGGCGCAGCGCCGGGCACGCGCCGGGCAGAGCCGAGCGCCAGGCGGACGCUUCAGUAGAGACGCGGGGAAAAUGGCUGAUGACUUUGGCUUCUUCUCGUCGUCGGAGAGCGGGGCGCCCGAGGCGGCGGAGGAGGACCCGGCGGCUGCCUUCCUGGCCCAGCAGGAGAGUGAGAUCGCGGGCAUAGAGAAUGACGAGGGCUUCGGGGCACCUGCCGGCAGCCAUGCGGCCCUCUCCCAGCUGGGACCUGCGAGUGGGGCUGGUUUUGAGGACAUGGGGACCACCAUCAAUGGAGAUGUGUUUCAGGAGGCUAACGGUCCAGCAGACGGCUAUGCGGCGAUUGCCCAGGCUGACAGACUGACUCAGGAACCUGAGAGCAUCCGCAAGUGGAGAGAGGAGCAGAGGAAACGGCUGCAGGAGCUGGAUGCUGCCUCCAAGGUGACAGAACAGGAGUGGCGGGAGAAAGCCAAAAAGGACCUGGAGGAGUGGAACCAGCGCCAGAGUGAACAAGUCGAGAAGAACAAGAUCAACAACCGGAUCGCUGACAAAGCAUUCUACCAGCAGCCAGAUGCUGAUAUCAUCGGCUAUGUGGCAUCUGAGGAGGCUUUCGUGAAGGAAUCCAAGGAGGAGACCCCAGGCACAGAAUGGGAGAAGGUGGCUCAGCUGUGUGAUUUCAACCCCAAGAGCAGCAAGCAGUGCAAAGACGUGUCCCGCCUGCGCUCAGUGCUCAUGUCCCUGAAGCAGACGCCGCUGUCCCGCUAGGUGCCUGUUACAAGCAUGGCCACAAAGCAUGGGCUGGGCCUGGGCACAGGAGGAGCAGCUGCUUCAGCCAGGGGGGGCAGCACCUCCAGCAGCUGCUACACACAGCCUAUUCCGUUCCUCCCCAUCUCCCGGGGCUGGGAAGGGAACCCUCACCCCUCUCACCCCAUUUCCUCCUAGCCCUGUGGCCCAGCCCUUCACACCUCCUCUCAGUCCACAAAAUUGUGACUGUCCCUCCUGACGUAUUUUUUUUUUCUUGGCUUAAAGGGUGUGUUGUUAACUCUUUUUACACUUAUUUAUUAUCAUUCUCAUUUCUCCGGAAGCCAUAACUGGUGUCAGGGCUCAGUUUGUGCUUAGAACUUUCCCAGCUUCAUGGCCUUGAGACAAGGUGAGGCUAUUCCCCCAGAACCCCUCCCAGCUGGAAGUGGGUGUCCCAACUUGUAUAUGUCUGCUGCCUCCCUCUCCAGGAGGAAAGACAACCUCUAAUGGAAUGCUUUUGCAACCUUGA